AUGUUGGAAGUGGAUGUUCAUAUGGCAUACAUGGACCAGCAGCACCUGGAUGGAGCAAAUCACACAGCAGCACAUGCGAUGAAACAGAAGAGUAUUUUUGAUAAGCAAGUCAUGUGGUCACAUGCAGGAGAAGUCAUAUUCGAACCAGGACAGCUAGUCCAGAUCUAUGCAAAUGCUACAGACAUGACAAUGGCAAGCUCGAGGAAACUUGUACUGAAGUGGUCAGCACCCAGGCAAGUGGUUUCUCGCAUUAGCAACUCUUAUACUCUCACUUCUCUAGAAGGGUUCCCCAUCAAAGGCCUAUUCCAUGCACAACAGCUUCGAAGAUUUAUUCCAUGA